AUGGCACUUACGCCGGCGCUGUCGGCAUUCUGCCGCCGUGCCUUCCGACGGUUUUCCACCGCCGCUGUCGGAUGGGAGCAGUGCCAAACUGUUCCAGAGCUUCUAUGCGCGGUGCAGCGGCAUGGAGCACUUGACAAAUCUGCCGUUGAUUCCUUGGAGCAUAAGGCUAAGCAACUGGUCUCCGGCAACCUGCGGGACGCCGCCAUGUUGGCGCUGAUGCUCCACAACCUCGGCGGGAACGCACAGCAGCUUUUAGCCGAGGUGCCUGCAACUCCGGACAUUAACGACUUCGAUCUGUUCUUCCGUGCGGCGGCAGAAUGCGGCGGCACUACGCCGCCUUCAAACACCAUCGAUGUAUUAUCCGCUCCGGGGGCCUUGGACAAGCCACGCCAGGUCUACAACUAUCUCUGCGGCGCCUGCCUGUUCAAUUCGCGAGGUGCUGCAGUUGAUCUUCAACUGCUAUUGCAGCGCUUUGCAAGCAUGGGAUAUGGCCAUUUCAGCACCUUGCAAUUGCUGCAGAUGGCCGCGGGUCUCGCUGCACUAGACGCCGUCGAGCAUGGGUCAGUGCUCGAAAUGCUCUGCAAAGAAAUCUCCACUCGCGGGUUUCAGGAUCUUGAUACUGCCGAUAUGAUAGAGUCAAUGGCGCAGCUGUCCAAACACCACCAGGAUCUUGGCAUGCUGGCAGCCUUUGAGAAGGCGCUGCUUCAGCACUGCACGGAGCAUGCGCUGCCACCCGCGGAGCUCUGCUCGGCAUUGUACACGAUAUCGCGAUACCGCAGGUAUGACCCGCUGCUGAUGGAUAGGCUUGCGGUCAACUUGAGGCGAGAUGCUGGCAGCUACGACCUUGCACAGCUGUCCCGGGUGGUGUUGGCGCUGUCGCAGAUAGGAUAUCACAAUCGCUCUUUGAUUAUCCUAAUUGGACGCAUGGUGCUCACCCUUAUAGACGCCGAUUCCACAGUGGAUGCUCAGCUGCUGACAAAUCUGUACACUGGCUUUUCGCGCUUUCUGCAGCACGGGCGGUUAUUCACCAUCUUUUCGGAAAUCCUUCGCAAGGAGGAAGUGCUGGCGGAACUGCAACCUUCAGAUGCGGUUGCUGUAGUCCAGUCUUACGCACGGGUACACGUCGUCGAUGAGCGGCUCUUCGCGCUGUUCGACACCAAGCUGUUCUCCCAACCGCUUAACACUACGCUCAGCUUCAAGCUGCUCGUCGCGCACGGGAAACUGCGCUAUCGCAACCCCAGACUGCAGAACGCGCUAAUAAACAACAUCAACCUGCAGGAGCUGGACUCCACAAUCCAACGCGAGAAGCUCAAGCUCGCCGCCGAAAGGUUGGGGCUCUUUUUCCCCGAGCUCACGGACAUAGCGCAGGAAGACGAGCUGCCGCGCAUCACUUGGCGCAGGCUUGACCCCGUGCGCCGUAGGGUGCCGCACGUGCGGCGCCGCAAGUGGACAUGGUAA